AUGGUCAAGCUGACAAUGAUCGCUCGUGUCACUGAUGGCCUUCCAUUGGCUGAAGGAUUAGAUGAUAGCCGUGACCAGAAGGAUGCUGACUUAUAUAAGCAGCAAGCUAAGCUUUUGUUCAAGAAUCUGUCAAAAGGGCAUAAUGAAGCCUCAAGAAUGUCUAUUGAGACUGGCUCUUACUUCUUUCAGUAUCCUUUAAAUUUCGCAUUCGUCAUAAACCAACUGUUGUUAAAUUUAUUUUCAUGUAAGCUACUCAUAUAAACACACACACACAUCUAUGUAUAAACUUUUCCCGAGUUUUGUAGCAUAAUCCUCAUGGUUCGGACUGUUUCUUAAUCGGUGCAAAAAGUGAGGAAUCUGUUCAUGAAUAUGCAAACUAAGUUUUCACACGUGUCACAAAAUGAUGAAAGGGUUUGUCAUUCAUUUUGAAGUUUUUUCGAUAAAUUAUUGCAAACCGGUGCCUAAGCAUAUGCCAAGACUAAUCUCUACACCAAAAAUAAGGUUUUUAUUGUGAAUAUAAGGACUUUGAGUACUCUUUGGUUCAUAUAAUGAGUAUUUUGAUCUAAUAUAUUGAUCCUGAGAUUUUUCACCCCCACUGCCUUGACAUAAUUUUUUAGUUACAUCAUCGAAGGACGUGUCUGCUAUUUAACACUCUGUGAUCGCUCUUAUCCAAAGAAGCUUGCUUUUCAAUAUCUAGAAGACCUUAAAAAUGAAUUCGAGAGGGUCAACGGGAACCAGAUUGAAACUGCUGCAAGACCCUAUGCGUUCAUAAAAUUUGGUAUGCUACGAUAUCUGUUUCUUGGUUGUUAUUUUUCCAAUAUUUUAUUCAUAUUCCUUAUUUUUGUCUGUUUUGGUUAUUCUAAAGAUACAUUCAUACAGAAGACCAAGAAAUUGUACUCCGACACACAUACUCAACGUAAUAUUGCAAAAUUGAAUGACGAACUGUACGAAGUUCAUCAGAUAAUGACCCGUAAUGUUCAAGAAGUUCUGGGUGUUGGUGAAAAGCUUGAUCGUAAGUAUUCAUAUCCAUGCUCUUUUGACUUUAAUUCAGUCUUUCGUGUUUCAUAUGGUUGAUUAUUUUCUCCAAUGAUUGAAUUUUUGUUCUUAUUAUUAAAUUCCUUGCUAGAUAUGAAGAAGUUAGUUGGUACGUUUUCAAAUAGAGGGUUGGUGUGGAGUUUAUUAUAAGAAACCUUCAAAAGAUUUAUAGUUUAUUUAUUAUGGCCGUGCAACCACUGUCUCCUUCAAGUGUAAGGUCUCUAAAACGGGAGGCUCAGUAAUGAAGGUAAUGCCAGUAAGUGUAGAAAAGACUAUAUAAGGUUUACAAAGGUGUUUACUUUGUUGUGCCUUUGGUUAUACAUAAAAUCCAGGCUUCAUUUUAGUGUUUUGGAAAGAGAAUGACCAAUUAAAUUACAGACGUAGAUAAACUAGAAGCUAGAUAUUUAAGGGAAGAACAAUCGAGCUAAAGCUGUGCUUUUGCUUUCGAAAUGAAUGUGGAAGUCUCAGAAACUGCCUAGCUACAGAGAGAAUGUGAAUGAAAUGUGAAUGUAAUUGAAUCUAGUGCUACUAGUGUACCUCGCCUAUUUUGAGAUAGGUCAUCAUAACUGAUGUAACAAUUAAUGCUGCUAGAAAAGGGGACCAAAUGAGUUAUUAGUAAAUGUCGUAGAUGCCGCAGUUGUGUUUCCCACGAAUGUGAUCCGCUGAAGUGUAAUCUAAUGAAGGAAAUUCAAGAAAAAGUAGUAUGAACUGUCCUACACACUUACUCUUCAAAGAAAAGCGAAUGGUGUCGAAAUGUUGCAGUUUUCCGUUUGGGAAAGAUGGGAACACCAUCAUUUUAUUAGAAUCGGCCUUGUACUUUUUCGAAGAAAUGAAGUAGAAAGACGGAAAAAAUUGCAAGCAUGUCAGGUGCCGCAAUUCAUUUCAGAAUUAGUCCUGUGAGGCAAUAUUUACUGUUCUUGAGCCAUUUCCCUAAAUAUAUUUCUCAUGACACUACCGGAUGAACUCCUGAAAAAUGUCAGAUAUAAUUUCUGAACAGAAAUCUGUCAAAAUUUGCACAUUUAACCACAUCCAUGAAUUAAAUUCUCUUACAUGUUUAUCUUUAACCCUCUACUAAUCAGAAAGGCACAGUAUAUUACUCCAAGCUCAUAAAGUUUACUCUUUUUUUGGGGGGGGACAUUGUUGCACGGCCAGUUUGUAAUUCAUUUUGGGAUUUGUCAAUUUUUAAAGAUAAAAAUCUGUCGCUCUUCUGUGUCCUUUCUAUCCAAAUCAGGCCUCUAGUCUCCCUAUCCUCGGCUAAUUUUGCAUGUUGAAACUUAACUUUGAUUGUAUUUUUGUAUGAUGACCAAAUUCAUACCUCCUACCUUUCUAUUUUGAUUAUUUCCAUGCAAGACGUGCGACUAUUGAUUACAGAACGCCCUCAAAGACCUUUUUUAUCAUUUUCUGAAGGGCUUGUAGCAUCUCUGCUAGUUAGAAGAGCUCAUGGUACGAAACAUGUAUUAAAGCAUAAAUGUUGCCUGUGAACCUGACAACUGAGAUGGUUUGGAUUGCAUAGCUCUAACUUGUAUGAGUCAAACAAACCUAACUUUGAUGCUUCAGCGGUGCAUCAUAUUCCUAAAUGUGAGAUCUUCAUGAUUAUUCAUCCACAGUGGCUACUAAGUGGCCUUGGGUAUUCAAAUCAUUGAUUUUGCCUUCGGACAGAGACGAAACAUAUUCAUAUGAGAAUAUGAACAUUAGUCGCCCUCCUCCUCCUCCUCCUCACCUGUUUAUAUAGGGAGAGGAGAGUAGGCAUUUACACCAUACGACCUGAUGUGGGAUGGCCUAAUGGACCCAUGAGACUUAAAUGACUGUCUAAUACAUGAAGAUAGUGGGCCGUUUGCAUCCGUAUUAUAAUAGACCAUCCUGUUAGUUUUUUCACUUACUGAAUUCUUUCCAUAGAAACGAUGGGUGAAAUCCCUCAUUACUUGACACGACCACAAUGAAUGAAUCCGAGGAAUUUACAUACGAGCAUAGACGCGCAUGUCUUUUUGGUACAUGGUUUUGGUGUCGAAUUCAAAGUUCAAUUUGAUGCCAGAAUUGGAUAAUUAUUGUAUGAAGAAAUUGUAGGCCUGAAUUGUGACAUUGACGGCUUGAAUUCCUUGGGUUAGCAGUAAUUCCUUGUAUUCUGAAUAACUUUACAACGUUCUCUUGCUGUUUUGGUACAGAGGUGAGUGAAAUGUCAAGCCGAUUGACAUCGGAAUCCCGAGUCUAUGCCGAGAAAGCGAAAGAUCUCAACCGACAGGUGGGCCCAGUAUCCAAUAUUAUUACCUUAUUUCUUCAUGCUUUUUUUUUUUUUUUUUCAUGAAGCAGAUUGCCAUCUUUAGCAAUUAGGCUUUGACCUUGCACAAUGACCUAGCUUCAUUUGAACAAUAAUAAUAAUAAUAAAAGUAUUAUUAUUAUUAUUAUUAUUAUUAAUUCGUGCCGUUCCCUCAUCCUCUUCCUUCGAGUUUUCCUCACAGAUCGCUGAUCGUUGUCGCAGGCUCUUAUCCGGAAGUGGGCCCCUGUGGCCAUUGUGCUUGGGAUAGUCUUCCUCCUCUUCUGGGUGAGGCGCAGAAUCUGGUGA